UCCAUUUCCGUGUUUCCAUCACCGUUCCAGUCCAAAACACCAACCCUCGAGCAUAACACUCUUCAGAUACUCUCUUCCAACCUCAACACACACACACACUCACGAUUCUUUACAUAUUAUAUGGAACAAUUGGGUUUCUUUGUUGGAUUCACUCUGAAUGUGUGAAGUCCUAACAAACAACAUGGCUUCAACACCUCUUGUCUUCUCCACCUCUUUCUCUUCCAAACUCCACCAAAAUUCCCACACUAACAAAUCACACCUUCAUCAUCGACCCCUUUAUUCCUUUUCAUCUUCUUCUUCAUACUCCAAAUCAAAACUGAAUUUUUCCCCUUCAAAGCCACUCCUUUUCUCUCGGAAACUAGUUGCACGUGUUUCUUCCGAAGAACAUGCUACUGAAGUCAGAGAUGAUUCUGGCUUGGUGGGCGAGGACGCUGCAACUUUUGACCUUGAAAAACAGAAACUUUCGUCUUGGGUUUACUUCACUGCGAUAUUGGGAGUGGUCUUGUUUAUUCUUAACUUGAUCUGGAUUGAUGAUUCAACUGGGUUUGGUAAGGUUUUUGUUGAUACCAUUUCAGGAAUUUCUGAUAGCCAUGAGGUGGUAAUGUUAGUCCUGGUUCUCAUCUUUGCGGGUGUCCAUAGUGGUCUGGCCAGCUUCCGUGACUCCGGUGAGAAACUCAUUGGAGAACGAGCUUACCGUGUUCUUUUUGCAGGAACAUCACUUCCUUUGGCUCUCACCAUGAUUGUGUAUUUUAUUAAUCACAGAUAUGAUGGACUUCAGCUCUGGCAGGUCCAAGACGUUCCCGGUGUUCAUCAACUUGUGUGGCUUUCUAACUUCAUCUCUUUCUUUUUCCUAUAUCCAUCAACCUUCAAUCUUUUGGAGGUUGCCGCAGUUGACAAGCCUAAGUUACAUCUCUACGAAACUGGAAUUAUGAGAAUAACUAGACAUCCACAGAUGGUUGGGCAGGUUAUGUGGUGUCUUGGUCAUACAGUCUGGAUCGGAAAUUCUGUUGCGGUUGCGGCUUCGUUCGCCUUAAUUGCACACCAUUUAUUUGGUGUUUGGAAUGGAGAUAGGAAACUGACCGAAAGAUACGGGGAAGAUUUUGAGAUAGUUAAGAGUAGAACAAGUGUUGUCCCAUUUGCAGCAAUACUUGAUGGAAGACAAAAGUUACCUAAAGAUUUCUACAAAGAGUUCAUUCGAUUACCAUAUCUUACAAUCACUGCCAUAACAUUAGGAGCUUAUUUUGCACAUCCACUUAUGCGGGCAGCUAGUUUCAAGCUUCAUUGGUAGUUUAAACUUUAAAAUCUCAUGUUUAUAGGUAGCGGCGCUUUGUAUGUAUUCUUAUACGGAUGGAUAGUGUUUCCACAUCAACUAGGAAAGUGAAAACAUCACAAAGGAUUCAGAAAUCAGUUGAGCAGUGAUUUUUGACAUUAAAUUAACUGAUCCAUACGUGUAUGUUGAUCAUGUGCACAUCCAAUAUAUCAUUUUUAAUUGACCAAGAGGUCUGUGGUUUCUUUCAUGUUAUUUUUAACUAAGUAGGUUUUGUAAAAGUUAUAUGAUCUGAUAUAAGACUGCCCUAUAGACGACUUGGAACUAUUUUUAUCCCUACUUGUUACAGAAGUAACUCUUGCUUGAAUGUAAAGUGUGCUGUAAGAGUUUUUCACUUUUUUUUUCUUUUUUUUCUUUCUCGAGCUCGGUGUUUCAUUUCAUUUUGAUAUAUAUCUGAUAAAUGAUAAAUGUAUAAGCUCUUAACCAUUUGAUAUAGUCCCUUGAUAAAUUUCAGUCAAUUCCAGGGAUUAAUUUAUGAAGUUGAAGUUGCAAAGGAAAGUACCUUAGUUUAUCGAAAAGUGAAUUAUUUGAAUGAAGGUUUUUUAUUAUUAAUUUUGUCCACUAAAAUAUAACACAAUAUUUGUAUUUUUAUUAUUGUAUACAUCCUCAAAGACAUGUUUGUGUUAUAGGGUCUAUUGAGCUACCAAGAAAAAAACAUGCUUGAGUUGUGAUUGGAAGCAGGAGUUUACAAAUUUUGAACAGCACUAUGAAUCCAUAUUGGCCCAUAAACUAUUGGCCGAUUCUUGGCCCUAAAUUAAGAAAAAGAGUUGCUCAUUGCACUCUUUCCAACCCCUAUAGUUCAAAAGAUGGAUUUUAUAUCAACCAUAUGAUCUCACUCGCUUAAAGACUUGACGAGUUUAUCUAAAAAAGAACAUCUAGACACAUCAUCUAGAUGACAACUUUCAAUUCAUAAGUUAAUAAAACACAGUUUAAACUUCUAUCACUUUAUUCAGUAACGUUUUAA